CGGUCAGAAGCGCAAGGAUCACAUGGACAAGAACGCAAAGGCAAAGCCAAAAAAACUUCCCUGGAAAGAUGUUUUGGCUUGCAUCGAGUUCAAGAGAAAGACGAAAGAUAUCAAGUCGCCGCCCUCUUCGUAUAUAGUGAUAGACCACGUCCCUACUAAACCAGAACAUCUGCCGGUGGGUCAUUUCAAGGCUGAAGUGCCUACGCCAGGCCCUUCGCAAACCCUAGCAACACAACCUGCGUCCGAUACCGCGCGUGAGUGAUUUGAUUUUUGUAUCCAAGAUCAAACUGAAUGAACCGAGCAGCAGAUCAAUCCUCCGGCCUCACCGCUGCACAGACUUCCAAGGGCGGGUCCAGCUCCAAGCGCAAGGCCGCGGACACUUUGGAAUCUACCGCAAAAAAACCCAAGGCCAAUCCUGACGCGGACGAGCCAGAUGUGACCGUCCAGACCGGUCUGUACGCUGCGGAAAUGUUUGCGGCCAAUCUUGCCGUCGAACAUCUGAUUAAUUUUAUCGUUAUCGACGAUGUGAUCUGGACCUGGUAUUAUGAUCGCCAGGGCACCGUUCAAAGCUCGGGCAUCAACUUUAUGCAAGAUCUCCCGCGAUUCAUGAUGCUGUUAUAUGCGUUACAACGCUUCAAUGUUCACGAUUGGGGCCGAAACAAGGACUUCCUCCCAGUUGAAGUUGAGGGCAAACAAUGCCACGAAUUCAAAAUCAAGGACGAAGAUCUUGGAACGGUGGACCUGUUGCUUCACACCAGCCACCCCGAAAGAGUGACGCAUUACGGACUACAAGGGCGGGCCACCAAUGUGGUUCCUGUCACUAGCGAAGCGCUGACUAAGAAAUAUGGUAACUUCGAGGAUGGAAUGGUGGCCAAGAUCUUUUGGGGAGAGGCGAGUCGCACUAGCGAGCCGGAGAUCCUGAGAAAGGUUGAGGAGAUCGCUAAGAGGCACCCGACUGUCGAAGGGCAUAUUCCCCAGCUGCUCUGGCAUCACAAGUUCACGAAUCCCACGUCCGCCAUUCGAGAAGCGCUCGGCGUUCCUGAACCCACCACGGGAGGUCGCGUGCUCUACAUUCUUGUGUUCCGCAAGCUCCACUCCAUCACGAAGCUCCACGGCAAGGAUCUUUUCGACGCCUGGCGUCAGUGUAUCUUAUGCCACCUCACUUUGUGGAAGGAAGGUGUUUAUCAUCGAGAUAUCAGCCCUGGAAACUUGAUGUGGUACAGGAAAAACGACAGACUGAUCGGUGUCUUAAACGACUACGAUCUGUCGUCGUUGGCGAAUGCAUUGGGUCCUCAGGGAAACGAGCGUACGGGCACGGUACCGUUCAUGGCGCUCGAGCUUCUCACCGAAGAGGGUCAACAAGGCAAAGUGAAACACCUAUAUCGCCACGAUCUAGAAUCGUUUAUGUGGGUUUUCGUCUGGAUUUUCUUUCGUUAUCGGGAGGGAAUCCUACCGCAGGGAUCGCGCCCUCUCGACCAGUGGGCGACUUUAGGCGCUAUUGCGUGUGGCGAGAAGAAGUCAGCCUUUCUGGUGAAUCCCUUCCGCCAUCUACCCGCGGACCUCGACACUUCUGAAUCGGACACGAAUUGGUCUUUAUGGAUUCUCAUUGUGGAAUGUUUUGAGGUGCUCCUGGCACUUACCUCCAGUCGCUUCAAGCGUAAUCUCCGGAAAUUGAGGAAAGGAACAUCUGAGCAGAUAAAUGCCGAGGAAACUGUAUCGGAUAUGGAUGAUUUAUUAGGCAAAUUCACAGGUACCGAGGCGUGGGUCGAGCUCAGCAAAUCUUUACCUUUAUAG